GAAGUCAUGCAGGCAUUCGAGCUCAAGAAAAACGCUACAACACGUGAAGCCCAGGAAAAGGUGGGCUACACUCAGCUGCAAUGGGACAGGUUCUAUUACAUCACCAAGGCCGAGAUUGAUACACUGGUAAAGGCUAACCCAGGGAUCAAAUGGUCUGAAGUGAAAGCAAAUGAUGUCGAAGAGAUGCACAGUCGUGUCAAUGCUCAACUGCAAGCCGAGCACAUUCCCGAGGUGCGAUACGACGUGUUCCGUUGGCGCAUGGCGCGCGCAAUCCAAAACCAGCGGCCAAAUGGUAGGUGCAGUGGCAUGCCAGAAGGCUCAACAGCCGCUAAGACGGCAGCCGCUGCCCCCGACAAGGAUGCUGAGCAGGACUGA